UGCGAGCAGAAAAAGAUGGUGGACCAUCACAAUAUUAGUGGAUGAAUUAUGUCUCUGUUUUUCGGCUUUUGUUUCUUCUCACAGUGCGAUUGUAGAAGCAGAAGAUGCUACUGGUCAUAAAUUAGCAGAAUGAUCCUCCCUCUUUUGAUUGGGCUGUUUCAGCUAGGUUUGACGGUUGGAGCCGCGACACCGGUGGAUAAGAAUGUAGUAGAAAGGACAGUGUCUGACAAUGUGAGCCUCGCGUGUGUGACUGUUCGAGGGGAUGAGAAGAUUGGAGGGAUUCUCUGGUACAGGAACACAACAUUCUUCGCCUCUAAGGGACAGAAUAAGAACAUCAAGUACGCCGACGACAGCUAUGCCAGCAAGGUUAACAUCGUGUCUGACAACAGCCUCAUCUUCUACAACGUGGAGGUGGCUGACAGCGCCAACUACACCUGCAAGGUGUUCGUCGAAGAUCCACAGUCGGGCUCCAUGAAUUCAAGGAAUCUCACCUGGGUUCUACGCGUUCAGGAUGUGCCAAGUGCACCUGGUAAACCUGUUCCUUUCAACAUAAAGGCACGACAGGUUACUGUUAAAUGGGAUGCCAGUAUGCUAGACAACAACAGCCCAAUAUCAGUAUACAUCGUCUCUAUGAGUCUGUGUUCUGUUGCGGGAGGUGGUGAAAAGAGAGAGGUUGUGGUGGGAAGUGCGACUCGUGAAAUUACGAUCCGCGAGUUACAGCCACACUCGUGUUACCGAGUGCAGGUCACUGCUAAAAACGACAUCGGCAAAAGUCCAGUCAGUGAAACCAGUGAUAAGUUCUACACUCUAACUGAAGCACCGACGGGUCAUCCGCGUAACAUCAAGGCAGUCAGUAACAAGAGCACGGAAAUCCUGUUGGAGUGGAACCACGUGGCUCUCAAUGAGAUGAACGGAGAACUCAAGGGUUACGAGCUGAGUUACGAAAUUGUCGGCAAACAGCCUUCAAGAGUUCGCCUUGAGGACCCUAGUAAAACUAGUAUUGUGUUGUCUGGUUUGAAACCAUUCACCAGAUAUCGUCUUCACAUCAAGGCGUAUAAUCAGCUGGGAUCGGGCCCACCUGCCAACAUCACCAUCAGAACGGCUGAAGGAGUACCAUCAAAGCCUAGAAUUACUCACAUAACCAAUCGUAUAUCCACGUCAUUCUACGUGCACUGGGAGCCGCCAAAGCACAUGAAUGGCCGACUGAAGAAGUACGAGUUGCAAUGGAGUCACAAUGAUAGUCUGGACACACGGCUAAUCAGUGGUCAUCUCAACAACCCCAUGUCUGCAUUGAUCAGUGACCUCAAACCAUAUUCGGAAUACAGGAUACGCGUGGCGGCAUAUACUAAUGGUGGAAGGGGAUUAUUCAGUGAUAGCUUUCCUGGCCUUACUGAUGUUAAAGAACCAUCUUCUCCAACCAUAACUAACCUGACAAUUCUCUCGGAAGACAGUAUUUACGUGAGCUGGGAUCCUCCCGAUGUUUUCUACAAGCAGAUUGAUAAUUACCUCGUCAAGUGGGGCGACACUCGGACUAACUCAUACAACCAUGAUAAACUUCUCGAUGGGACAGCCACAGAGACAAUGAUUACUAAGAUGGCAACGAACAAGAAGUAUCGUUUAAAGGUAGCUGGUAUUACCUAUGGAAUCUUCAGCAGUAGACACUACCUGGGAGAUUUUACUGAAUCUAUCGAAUUCUCCAUUGGAGAUCCGUCGACAGGUCGUGUGGCGGAAGAGCAGGUCAUGUCAGCCGGGGUCAUCGCUGGAGUCAUCAGUGCUGUGAUCAUAGCCAUCAUCGUCAUUCUCAUCGUCGUUGGAUACAGGUCGUACACAUGUCGCAAGUGUUACCAGGCAGCAUACUACUAUCUGGCUGUUCCCAGCAACUCCCAGAGCUCUCCAUCUCAGGUUAUCACUGUCGCUGAACCACCAGAUGAAAAGGAAUAUCCAGAAAUUCCCGUCAACAAUUUUAUCAACCAUGUCAAUGGUCUUCAUGCUGAUGGUGACAUCGGUUUCGCCACAGAGUUUGAGGAUGUCAAUACACACACCUGCCUGACAAUGGGUUGUGAAAGCUCUAGUCUACCAGAAAACCGGAACAGAAACCGAUACAUCAAUAUAGCAGCUUUUGACCAUUCAAGAGUGAUUUUGAAAACCGAGCUGGGCAGGCUUCGACAGUCAGACUAUAUUAACGCUAAUUAUAUAGAUGGUUACUUGAAGCACAAAGCAUAUAUAGCCACACAGGGACCACUCCCGCAGUCGUUUGCUGACUUCUGGAGAAUGAUCUGGGAGCAGAACAGCACUGUCAUAGUAAUGAUCACCAACCUCAUGGAGAGAGGCCGGCGUAAGUGUGACCAGUACUGGCCAACGGAUGGUUUGGAGAUAUACGGAAGUAUGUCUGUAAAACUACUGAACACGGUGCAGCGCGCACACUACACGGUGCGCAUCUUCUCAGUACGCAACAUGAAGGUAAAAAAGUUUCAUCUUCAUGAACAUGAUGGGAAACAUCUUCAUAGAUCUCAGAAACAUUCUGUGAAGGGUGUGGGUGAGCGACUGGUGUUUCAGUAUCACUACACGGAGUGGCCGGAUCAUGGGGUGCCGGACUACACUCUCCCCUGUCUAACGUUUGUACGUAAAUCAGCUGCAGACAGUCCUGAAGGAAGUGGACCCAUUGUUGUCCAUUGCAGUGCUGGGGUUGGCCGAACUGGCACGUACAUACUGAUAGACAGUAUGAUAGAAAAGAUCAAAGACUUGGGAACAAUCAACAUUCCUGGCUUUCUUCUUCACAUUCGCAAGCAACGAAACUUCCUCGUCCAAACAGAGGACCAAUACAUGUUCAUCCAUGAUGUGCUGGUAGAGUACAUUCUCGGUGGAGGGGAGACGGAGGUGACCUGCGACAAACUCACAGACUACAUAGAGACUCUGACGCAAGCAGCGGUCGAUAGUGGUGGCACUAGACCUGAGGCAAUGCUAGAAAAGCAGUACAAGCUGGUGACAUCUCACGUUCCGUCAGAAGAUGAGCUAGCACAGGCGGAGAAGUCUGUGAAUGAAUCGAAGAACAGAAACACAGAGAUUCUACCCGUGUCGUCGAAACGUGUUAUCCUUCCAGCAAAACCGGGCAUUGAGGGCUCAGAUUACAUUAAUGCCACAUAUCUACAGGGUUUCAACAAGUCGAAUGAGUUCAUAGUCACCCAACAUCCGCUUGAGUCGACCACGGAAGACUUCUGGAGAAUGGUGUGGGAUCGUAACAGUCCCGUCAUCAUUGUGUUGUCCUACGUUAACAAUGAUGACUAUAAAGAGUUUUGGCCCAAGAAGGAUGAGUCCAUUGAGUUUGAUGCUGGAAACUUCAAGCUGGUCUUUCAAGAUGAAGAACAACAGUCGACGUGGACUCAGCAUAAGUUUCUACUGGAGUCAACACAGUACGACUUCACAUUUGAGACGAAGCUGGUUGCGAUCGACGGCUGGCCGGGCGCAUGUUCCCCGCUCUACACGGUGUUCAACCUCAUCAAGACGGCACAGCAGUGGCUGCACGGCACCGACAUGGGCCCCGUUAUUAUCGUCGACAGAUUUGGUGGUGUUUUAGCUGGGAAGCUCUGUGCUCUUUGGACUCUGUACGAUCAACUAACUCAGGAUAAGUCGGUUGAUGUGUAUCAGCUCACUAAACUGUAUCAUCUUAAACGGCCAGGAAUCAUCGGCACACAGGACGACUACCUGUUCCUGUACAAGGCCGUGGAGAGUCUACACAAACACAACCAGGAGGACAAGGAGUCGGUGAGCUCAUCACCCAAACACCACGGCUCCAUUCGCAAGAACGGAACACUGCCACACAACUUCACCAACAGCAAGGUCGAAACCAACAUAUGAUUACACAUGGCGUUAGGAACACAGCUAUUAUAAACGAGAAAUGACUGUGGUAUUAUUAACGUAUGAACACAAAGUGUUAGGAAUAUAACUACUAGAAAUGAGACAGAACUUUGGUAUUAUGAACACACAGUGUUAGAAACAGCUACCGAAAUGAGAUAUGACUUUGAUAUUAUUAACAUAUGAACACAAUGUGUUAGGAACAGCUACUAGAAAUGAGAUAUGAUUUGCUAUUAUUAACAUAGGAACACAAAGUGUUAAAAACAGCUACUAGAAAUGAGAUAUGACUUUGGUAUUAUUCAUAUAUGAACACAAAGUGUUAGAACCAGCUACUAGAAAUGAGAAAUGACUGCGGUAUUAUUAGCACCUAGAAAUGAGAAAUGACUGCGGUAUUAUUAGCACCAUUAAUCAUGAUUUUUUUUUCAAGUUGAAGAGUCUAGUGAUGAAUGUAUGAAGUAUGAAUAAACAGUGUUUGAAUCCUAGCUACUAAAAAUUAAAAAUAUCUUUGUAUUAUUGACAUUAUUAAUCCUGGAACCUUUUUGGAUUUUAUGUCCAGUCAUUUCUAUCUGCUAACUGAAAUCUGUCUUAGUACUAUUUGUUGCUUUAUUUUUACAUGGAUAUUUGUUGUAGAAAUGGAAGAUUUAUUCAGAUAUGUUUUUUGUGAUGAAAAACUGAUCUGAAAUUAAACUAAAUGUGCAUGCUUAUUUUCUCAAUGCUAUUCUGUCUCUCUCAAUGACAGCAAAUGUCUGCCUUCCACUGCUGUGCACUGGAGGAGGUAAAGUGUAUCACUGUGCGUACCAUGGUGUGUAUCACAACAUAUCAAGCUAAACUAGGACAGCUUUAUGUAACUGUGUAACGAUCUAGCUGAAGUUCUGUAAUGUGGUGAAGUUCUGCAGUGUGGUGAAGUUCUGCAGUGUGGUGAAGUCCUGUAAUGUGGUGAAGUUCUGCAGUGUGGUGAAGUUCUGCAGUGUGGUGAAGUUCUGUAAUGUGGUGAAAUUCUGUAAUGUUGUGAAGAGAAGAAUACUGCACAACUUCUCCUGAAGAAUGAAAAGAAACCUUGCAGCAUACAAAAAUACCAUUUAAUGGUAAUGUGGAAACUGUGUUUUCACAUACCAAGCAUUGUUUUUAAUUAAUAUUUAUACAUUAUAUAUCAUUUACUAACCUCUAGUCAGUGUGUAUAUAUAUAGUAUGUAUUUCUAAUAUUAUAUGUAUUUCUAAUAUUGUAUAAUAUUGUAUGUAUUUCUAAUAUUGUAUGUAUUUCAGAUAUUGUAUAUUUUAGUGGUAAGACGUACAAGCCGUGUUUCUUACUUGUAUUAGGUUGGAUAACAGCUUACACUGCUUUUAUUUAUCUUUGUAAGAAAAUUGUUUACAUGCUUGCAUUAGUUAUAGACCACAUUAAAGACAAUAUUCGUGUAUAAUGUAUGUUGAUCAUGAAUUUUACGCAAACAAACAAAAAUCACAAAUCAAAUUGUAUAUAUAUUUUUUAAAUCUUCAGAGUUGUUAAUGUUAAUAAAUCAGUGGGCCAGACUUUUGAAGGUAUUUUAACCUGUUUGAAAGCUAAGUAACAUAUCACAAUGUUUUUUAUAGUGUUGGUGACAUAAACGUUUUAACAGAUGGAAUUCUUUCAGUGUGAACAUGUUUGAAAACACAUGCAGGAAAGCUUUUAGCUGAAUACAAUUAUUAUAAUUAAAAAAAGCUUUUAAACUAUUUAGCUGUUGAGCUAUUAAGCUAUCACGUUGUUAUGCUAUCAAGUUAUUGCACAACUAAGCCAUAAUACUGGUGGCGAAAUACAGGUGGUAUGAACAGUGACAAAGGGAAAGUAUGUGCUCAUGCUUGACACAUUAAUACAUAUUGUACAAUGUAUAAUUUAAAUUAUUGAAAAACAUCCUGUGGGGAAAGCUUUGUAAGCUUUUUAAGAUUGAGUAAAUUGCUCAUUGUUGUGGAAUGUCUGUCAGCUCAAUGGUUUGUUCAGCUCAGGUUAAUGACCAAUCAAACAGUCCGUUAGUUUUACUGAUCUGAUUGGCUGUUGAGACUAUAAUACAUAUCACAUGUUGUACAGUGAUAUAUAACUAUAGUGUACCUUACCUGGUAUCAAGAUAUAAUGUACAUCAAUUUACACAUUUGUAAGUGUCAUACUAUAGAACUGUUGGACCAUAUUGGUUAAUCAAUAUUUCCAUAAUCAAUUAUGAUGAUGUUUUAUGAUUUGAAGCAAAACAAAACUUAGUAGCAUCUGUGUAUUUUCUAGUUAAUAUCCACAACAAUAUUAAGGGCCAGUAGAGGGGUUUUUUUUGUGGUAAUUUGUUUGCCAGUGUUAUAUUAUAAUAUGUUACCAGGUUUGGAAUGUUAUUUGAGUACCUUUUCACCAGUUUUAACAAUGAACAAAAAUACAAGCCUUGUAUACUUUAUAAAACCAAAACCAAAUUAAUUUUGUUGAAUAUAUAAAAACAUUUAAGUACGAUAUAUGACAGGCAUCUAUUAUUUUAUUGCAAAAAAAGAAAGAAACGUGAGUGUUGUGUUAUUGAAUGCAUUUUCUGCAUGCACAUAUUCAAGCAUUGAAAUCAGUUGAGAGCGGUCAUUCAGGUUACCAGGAGGUUACCACAUGUCAAGAAAGUCGAGAUCGCUACUUCGAUCUUUUCAAAAAUUUCAUUAAGCUAAAAGUACAGCAGCUAGAUUUUGUUCAUUUGAUAUCAUGUAGAUACACAUGCAGUGCAGUGACAUAAUGAAUAAUGUGUUUGUGAAGGAAUUUAUAAAUUAAUAAUAAUGGAAAUAAAAAUGUGUUGUAACCUAUGGUGUUACAAGGUCUGUAUUUUGUGGUAACCUGUACAUCGGUUGUCACACACAUUGCUAAUUUUGGAUGCCUGCUCGUUAACCUAUGGCCAACCUAUGCUGUACUUUCUCAGAAUCGUGUUCUGUUAAACCUCAAAACACUACAAGUUUUUAAGUUUUUUUAGUAUGUUUAUUUUAAGUGUUGAAUACAUUAAAAAAUAUGAUUAAGCAAAAA